AGAACAAUUCAAUAUACAGAAUAUUUUCCCUCUUAUUAUUUUCUUCAUGGUAUCAGAGCAAGAUUCCUAGGGAAAAACCCUAAUCUAGACAUACGACGGUCCAUCACCGUCCUCCGCCGGUUCAAGCCUGUCUUCCGCCGGAUCACCGACAUCGACCGCCGAACUAUCCUCCUCGACCGUCGACAUGGCAGAAACAACUGGACUGGAAGACAAUUAUAUUAGUCUUUGCAAAUAUCAGGUUGACCCAUUCACAAUAAUGCGGUAAUAACCACUGAGGUUAAUCUUCCCACCACACUAUUCUCCCACCAUCUAGUGGGAUCCAUCCUGCUUCUUCCCAGAGAACUUGGAUUAGGGUUCUUGUUUUCUUGAAGAUUAGAUGGCCAUGGAUGGAAAUUCAAGUGGUUCUUGCCAGAACACUUCUGGGUUCGAACUACAGGACGAAAUGGUGAAGCUUUACCUCAAUGGAGAAGCGAAUGAUGACGCCAAGAACGUAGGCAACGAAGGCCUAAAUCAAAAUUCUUGGAACAAACAGAGCUUUGAUGGUCAUGAGGACUAUGAUUUUAGUGACUUGGUGCUGAAGUACAUUAGCCAGAUGCUAAUGGAAGAGGAUAUGGAAGAGAAGGCUUGCAUGUUUCAAGAGUCCCCCGCCCUCGAAGCGACCGAAAGGUCUUUCUAUGAGGCCAUAGGCGAGAAAUACCCGCCAUCCGCUGAUCAAAAGGGUAGUUUUGGUAAUGGCAAUGUCGGCGAUUGUGAUUUGAAGUCAUGCCCGAAUCGGGACCGUGAUUCUCUGUCAUCCCUCGGUUCAUCAUCCAAUAGCUUACAGCUCAUGAAAGAAGGGUCAAAAGGGAAGAAAAAUGUGCACUGUGAAGAAGAAGAAGAGAAAGAUUCAGAUAGAAAUUACAAGCAACCAAUGGUCUCGUCACAAUCGACCGUUAAACAAGAAGUGUUCGACAUGAUUUUACUGUCGAGCGACAAUGGAAAUGAGUCUGAUCUUCGUCAGUCUUGGCAUCCGAAAGGGUAUAAAGAGAAGAGUUCCCGGGGUAGGAAACCAAAGAACGCCAAAAGAGACGAAGUCGUGGACUUGAGAAUGCUAUUGAUGCAUUGCGCGCAAGCGGUUGCUUCCUAUGACCAAAAGACUGCGGACGAGUUUCUGAAACAGAUCAGAAGACACUCGUCCCAGACGGGGGACGCGAUGCAGAGGCUGGCCCACUACUUCGCCGACGGGCUCGAGGCACGGAUGGCGGGUUGUGGGACCCACAUAUACAAGACCCUCAUCACGAUGCCCACGUCAGCAUCCGACAUGUUGAAAGCGUUCCAACUCUUCGUUGCCGUGUGCCCGUUCAGGAAGAUCUUGCCCGGUGGGCCCCCGAGGCUCCGUAUGACCGGCAUUGACUUCCCGCAACCCGGGUUCCGGCCCGCGGAGCGGGUUCAGGAAACGGGCCGACGCCUGGCCGACUACGCGAAACGUUUCAACGUUCCGUUUGAGUUCAAUGCCAUAGCCCAGAAAUGGGAAACGCUUAAGCUCGAAGAUCUCAACGUAAACAAGGGCGAGUUACUCGCGGUGAAUUGCCUAUAUAGGCACACAUACUUGCUCGACGAGACCGUGGUUUCGGGCAGCCCGAGGGACGCGGUUUUUCGCCUAAUCCACAAGUUGGACCCAAGCGUCUUCAUAACGGCCACCAUUAACGGGUCUUACAACGCCCCGUUUUUCAUCACGCGUUUUAGGGAGGUGCUUUUCCACUACUCGUCCUUGUUUGACAUGCUCGAGGCGACCACGCCGCGCGGGAUUCGCGAGAGGAUGCUCCUUGAGAAGGUGUUCUUUGGGAGGGAGGCAAUGAAUGUGAUUGCGUGUGAGGGCGCCGAGAGGAUCGUGAGGCCCGAGACGUACAAGCAAACCCGGGUUCGGAACAUGCGACUCGGCUUUCGCCAGCUCCCUUUGAACGAGAAAAUCGUGACGAUGUCGAGGGAGCAUAUGAAGGCGUACCAUAAAAAUUUUGUGAUUGACGAUGACGGAGAGUGGUUGUUCCUUGGAUGGAAGGGGCGCAUUAUUUACGCCAUCUCGUCCUGGAAAGCGGGAUAGUAAACCUUUUUUACAACCUCAAGAAGUUGUGGGGUUUUUUUUAACCUUAGUUUUGGCUCUCAUUGUUGUCUUUACUAUAACUAU